CAAGAAACUUGUGUGUCCUACCAGCUGACCACGAACAAUAGUAUAGAGCGAGAAAAAGUACUCCAUACUUAAGCUUCAGCUUCAGCUUUCGCUUUUUUUGUAUACAAGCCUCUCACCUCAUUUUUUCUGGAGAGAGAAAAACCAAAAAUCUCUGAGAAAAAGGGGGGGAAAUCCUCAGAGAAAAAGCUUUAUUUUCUUCUCAUUGCCGUUUUCUCAAGCUUUGAAAUAGCGAGAAUCGUCGUCGGAACUCCAGAAGUAUCGGUCCGUUCGUGUCCGAUCCGACUCAUUGAGUCGGAGCUCUCGUCGACUCGGUUCGGACUCCGAUGAGUUAGAGAACGGGAUAGCUCUGCGCAAUCGGCAAUGGCAGCACCAGUUAACAUUAUUGUGGGUUCUCAUGUAUGGGUUGAAGAUCCAGUGUUAGCAUGGAUUGAUGGAGAAGUGUUUCGGAUUAAUAGUCAAGAGGUUCAUGUUCAUAUCACAAAUGGGAAAACUGUUGUCACAAAUAUAUCAAAAGUGUUUCCAAAGGAUACUGAAGCUCCUCCUGGAGGUGUAGAUGAUAUGACAAAGCUUUCAUAUUUGCAUGAACCAGGAGUUCUGCAAAACUUGGCUACCAGAUAUGAACUUAAUGAAAUCUAUACAUACACUGGAAAUAUCCUGAUUGCUGUAAACCCUUUUCAAAGAUUACCACAUCUAUAUGAUACACACAUGAUGGAGCAGUAUAAAGGAGCUACAUUUGGAGAGCUAAGCCCUCAUGUUUUUGCAGUUGCAGAUGUUGCAUUUAGGGCAAUGAUGAAUGAGGGAAAGAGCAACUCAAUUCUGGUAAGUGGAGAAAGUGGUGCCGGUAAGACUGAGACAACCAAGAUGCUCAUGAGAUAUCUUGCAUACUUGGGUGGUCGAUCUGGAGUAGAAGGAAGGACAGUUGAACAACAAGUUCUAGAAUCCAAUCCAGUUCUUGAAGCAUUUGGCAAUGCAAAAACUGUUAGGAACAACAAUUCAAGUCGUUUUGGCAAAUUUGUUGAGAUCCAAUUUGAUAAAAACGGGAGGAUAUCUGGGGCAGCUAUACGAACUUACCUGCUUGAAAGGUCUCGUGUUUGCCAAAUUUCAGAUCCCGAAAGAAAUUACCAUUGCUUUUACCUUCUUUGUGCUGCACCACCUGAGGAAAGAGAGAAGUAUAAGUUGGGAAACCCUAAAUCAUUCCAUUAUUUAAAUCAAUCUAAUUGCUAUGAACUGGAUGGAGUAAAUGAUGCUCAUGAAUAUCAUGCAACCAGAAGGGCCAUGGAUGUGGUUGGAAUCAGUGAGGAAGAGCAGGAGGCAAUUUUUAGGGUUGUAGCUGCUGUUCUUCAUCUUGGUAAUAUUGAAUUUGCAAAGGGAAAGGACAUUGACUCUUCCAUUAUUAAGGAUGAAGAGUCUAGGUUUCACCUUAACAUGACAGCAGAGCUCCUUAACUGUGAUGCCAAGGGCUUGGAAGAUGCAAUGAUUAAGCGUGUAAUGGUGACACCAGAAGAAGUUAUUACUAGACCGCUUGAUCCUGAUUCUGCGUUGGGUAGCAGGGAUGCCUUAGCUAAAACGAUAUACUCUCGCUUGUUUGAUUGGCUUGUGAAUAAAAUUAAUGAUUCAAUUGGGCAAGAUCCAAACUCAAAAUCAUUAAUUGGAGUUCUCGAUAUUUAUGGUUUUGAAAGUUUUAAGUUCAAUAGUUUCGAGCAGUUCUGUAUUAAUUUUACAAAUGAAAAACUGCAACAACAUUUCAAUCAGCAUGUCUUUAAAAUGGAGCAGGAAGAGUAUACGAAAGAAGAAAUAAAUUGGAGCUAUAUCGAAUUUGUGGAUAAUCAAGACGUGUUGGAUUUGAUUGAGAAGAAACCUGGAGGAAUUAUCGCACUUCUAGAUGAAGCCUGCAUGUUUCCAAAGUCAACACAUGAAACAUUUGCUCAGAAGUUGUACCAGACAUUUAAAAAUAACAAGCGGUUUAUCAAACCUAAGCUUUCUCGUACUAGUUUUAGCAUCUCACACUAUGCAGGGGAAGUAACAUAUCUGGCUGAUCUGUUCCUUGACAAAAACAAGGACUAUGUGGUGGCAGAACAUCAAGAUCUAUUGUCAGCCUCAAAGUGCCCCUUUGUGGCAAGCCUAUUUCCUCUUCUUCCAGAGGAAUCAUCAAAGUCAUCCAAGUUUUCUUCUAUUGGUUCACGUUUCAAGCUACAACUUCAAUCUUUGAUGGAGACCUUGAAUUCAACUGAGCCUCACUAUAUCAGAUGUGUGAAGCCAAACAAUGUCCUCAAGCCUGCUAUCUUUGAGAAUUUGAACAUAAUCCAACAAUUACGUUGUGGUGGUGUCCUCGAGGCAAUUAGGAUCAGCUGUGCUGGAUAUCCCACAAGGCGAACCUUCUAUGAGUUUCUUCUCCGUUUUGGUGUUCUUGCUCCAGAAGUUUUGGAAGGAAACUAUGAUGACAAAGUUGCAUGCCAAAUGAUUCUGGAUAAAAAGGGACUGAAAGGUUAUCAGGUAGGCAAGACAAAGGUCUUCUUAAGAGCUGGUCAGAUGGCUGAGUUGGAUGCAAGAAGAGCAGAGGUUCUUGGAAAUGCAGCCAGAAUCAUUCAGAGGCAAAUUCGUACAUAUAUUGCACGCAAGGAGUUUAUGGCAUUACGCAAAGCUGCCAUUCAACUGCAAUCUCAAUGGCGAGGUAAAUUGGCUUGCAAGCUGUAUGAGCAGAUGCGUCGAGAAGCAUCAGCAGUGAGGAUUCAAAAGAAUUUACGACGUUAUACUGCCAGGAAAUCCUAUUUAACAGUAUGGUCAACUGCAAUCACACUGCAGACAGGCUUAAGAGCAAUGACUGCUCGCAAUGAAUUCAGAUUCAGAAAGCAAACUAAGGCGGCAAUUCUUAUACAGGCUCAUUUGCGUUGCCACAGGGCAUAUUCUUAUUAUAAGAGCCUUCAGAAAGCUGCAAUUGUUUCUCAAUGUGGUUGGAGGCGAAGAGUUGCUCGGAGAGAGCUUAGGAAGCUCAAAAUGGCUGCUAGAGAAACAGGGGCUCUCAAAGAGGCAAAAGACAAGCUAGAAAAGCGUGUAGAAGAACUUACAUGGCGUCUGCAGUUUGAGAAACGAUUAAGGACUGAUUUGGAAGAGGCAAAGGCCCAAGAAAUUGCUAAGUUUCAGGAUGCUUUGCAUGAAAUGCAAUUACAAGUAGAAGAAGCAAAUGCUAGAGUUAUCAAAGAACAAGAGGCAGCUCGAAAAGCUAUUGAAGAAGCACCUCCAGUGAUUAAGGAGACCCCUGUUAUAGUUCAAGACACAGAAAAGAUUGAUUUGUUAACAGCUGAGGUUGAGAGUUUGAAGGCAUUACUGCUAUCAGAAAGUAAGGCAGCAGAAGAGGCUAGGAAAGCUAGUACAGAUGCUGAGGCCAGGAAUGCAGAACUAGUUAAAAAGCUUGAAGAUGCAGAUCGCAAAAUGGAUCAGCUUCAAGAUUCUAUGCAGAGGUUAGAAGAGAAGCUUUCCAAUUCAGAGUCAGAGAAUCAAGUACUACGUCAGCAAGCACUGGCCAUGUCUCCAACUAGAAAAGCUGUAUCUGCACUACCGAAGCCUACAAUUGUCCAGAGGACACCAGAGAAUGGAAAUAUUGUAAAUGGAGAGAUGAAGGUUGCAUCGGACUUGACGCUUUCUAUAUCAAACCCACGUGAAACUGAAUCUGAGGAAAAACCACAGAAAUCUUUGAAUGAAAAGCAUCAGGAGAACCAGGACUUGCUGAUCAGGUGUAUUACACAAAACUUGGGAUUCUCUGGCAGCAAACCAGUUGCUGCUUGUGUCAUAUACAAGUGCCUUCUUCACUGGAGAUCCUUUGAAGUUGAAAGAACUAGCGUUUUUGAUCGCAUCAUUCAAACAAUUGCUUCAGCUAUAGAGGUUCAUGAUAACAAUGAUGUAUUAGCAUAUUGGCUAUCUAAUUCAUCCACACUGUUGCUGCUUCUCCAACACACACUCAAAGCCAGUGGAGCUGCUAGCUUGACUCCUCAACGGCGGAGAGCAACAUCAGCUUCUCUCUUUGGGAGGAUGUCUCAAGGGUUACGCACACCUCCUCAAAGUGCUGGAAUCUCAUUUCUCAAUGGGCGAAUGCUUGGUAGACCUGAUGACUUACGGCAAGUUGAGGCCAAGUAUCCAGCACUAUUGUUCAAACAACAGCUUACUGCAUUCCUUGAGAAGAUCUAUGGAAUGAUAAGAGACAGUCUAAAGAAAGAAAUUGCCCCAUUGAUCGGAUUAUGUAUCCAAGCACCUAGGACAUCACGGGCAAGUUUAGUAAAAGGGCGUUCUCAAGCUAAUGCUGUUGCUCAACAAGCUUUGAUGGCUCAUUGGCAAAGCAUUGUGAAAAGCCUAAACAGUUACUUGAAGACAAUGAAAGCAAACUAUGUACCUCCUUUCUUGGUCCGCAAAGUGUUCACACAGAUCUUUUCAUUCAUUAAUGUUCAGCUAUUCAACAGUCUUCUUCUGCGACGGGAGUGCUGUUCAUUCAGUAACGGGGAGUAUGUAAAGUCAGGUUUGGCUGAACUAGAACAGUGGUGCUCCUAUGCAACUGAGGAGUACGCAGGCUCAGCCUGGGAUGAAUUGAAGCAUAUUAGACAGGCCGUUGAAUUUCUGGUCAUACAUCAAAAGCCCAAAAAGACCUUGAAUGAAAUAAUGAAAGAACUUUGCCCUGUGCUCAGCAUACAACAAUUAUACAGGAUCAGUACAAUGUACUGGGAUGACAAAUAUGGCACACACAGUGUGUCUUCAGAAGUUAUUUCAAGUAUGAGAAUUAUGAUGACCGAGGCCUCCAACAAUUCUGUUAGCAGUUCUUUCCUAUUGGACGACGACUCAAGCAUCCCUUUCACUGUGGAUGACAUCUCCAAGUCAAUGAAACAAGUUGACACUGACGUCGAUCCUCCAUCAUUAAUUCGCGAAAACUCCGGUUUUGUGUUCUUACUCCAACGGUCAGAGUGAUACCCAUGUUUGUCCAAAACUCGAAUACCAUCCAUCAUCAUGCCCCUGGGCUGCACUCCUACAUCAAUCAGUUGAUCAGUUGAGCUGCAGAAGCGUGUGCAUAGAAUUCCUUCGUCCUCCACAUCCAUAUGUAUCAUAUAGUUCCAAUUCAUUUUUUUUCCUUCAUCUUUUUUCAUGGUCGGGUUUUUAUUCUAUCAGGAUCAACCGACUUGUCACACCAGCAAGGGGUUUCCUUCACAUUGUUGUUUGUCAGGCGUUUGAGUUGUGCAGUGGUUUGUUCUUUUAUGUUUUUUUUUUUUGUCAAUCUGAGUGUAAUUAACGGUAGCAGCUGCAGUUUAUUUGUAAAUUUAAUUUGAUUUAAUAUUUAUUUGAGUUUUGCUUAA